AUGGCUUCAACGCUGACCGUAAAGGUCCACCCGGUUGUGUACUUGACUAUUGUUGAUGCGUUCGAACGUCGCUCAAACAAACCAGGUGCCAAUGAUAAAGCUUUAGGUACACUGAUGGGAUUUUAUGAAAAGAAUGCCAUCCAGGUUACAAAUUGCUAUGCAAUUCCAUUCAGAGAACAAAAGGAAGAUACACCAGAAUUAGACGAUGGUUUCAAUCAAACAAUGUUGAUGAUGAUGAGGAGAGCUACUCCUUCUGAACAACCUGUUGGAUGGUUUUACACCAAUGCCGAUUUGUCUAUUCACUGUUUACCAUACCAUGACUAUUACAAUCGUCUGAUUAGUGAAUCAUCAGCUAAAAAAGAUCCGCCACCAGUAAUUUUGCUUACAGUUGACACUACGUUUAGUUCACCUGGUGAAAACUACCGCAUGCCUGUGCGAGCGUACUUAAGAACCAAAGCUGGAAUCCCUGGAUCUCGUGAUCCACACUGUGCCAUAUUCAAUCCAUUGAAAGUUGAAUUCGACUCUUUUCCGGGUGAAAAUGUUGCACUAAGUUUAGUGCAAGGAGGCACUGCAUUUACCAAUAAACAACGGGAGCUGAUUUUGGAGACUGGUUUGGAGCAACUCGAAAAAACUACGGGUGAAAUGGUGAUUUGGUUGGAAAGGAUUUUGGAAUAUGUGACAGAGGUACUUGCAAAGCCAGAAUUACCUGCUGAUUCAUCAUUGGGACGGCGAAUGAUGGAUAUUGUUAAUACUGCUACAAUUCACAUGUCAGACGAAAAAUUGGAUUUAUUAAUUAAAACCAAUCUAAGGGAUUACAUGAUGAUUUCAUAUUUGGCAAGCUUAACAAAGACACAACUUUCACUGCAGGAGCGUCUAGUAGCAAUUUAA